AUGCCACCAAACCCUACCAGAGUCCCUACUAGAAGAACAUCUCGUCGCUUUUCAUCUGCCCAUGUCCCUUUGCCUGUCUAUCUUGGUAUUGAUGUAGAGAUAAGAGAUGAUAGAACUAGUUAUUACGCUCUUUCCGUCCAUGACGGCAUGUACUCUACUGAUUAUUAUGAAGGUGAAUUGAUGACACAUGAUGCCGUCAAGGAUACCAAGGAAGUCAUUCUUGAAGCAUUUGCGAAAUUGCAUGGUGUGGUGGAGCUGUAUGCUAUGGCUCAAAACUACAAGGUCCAGCUUGUUGCCUGCUCAUAUGACAUUGCUAAAGGGUUUGUCCAAGACGAAGGGGAUUUGGUGGAUCUCGAAGAGUGCUCUAUCAUGACUGAUUACUGGAAAGAUUUGGAUGCCAUCCCAUUCCGUGUGCUCACUCAUGGCAAUUCUCCCGACGAGCGAGCAAGUGCUGCUGUUAGAAAGGCUGUAAUGUGGUUGAGUCCCAAGUAUCCUGGGAACUUGCCCCGUAUUUCAGUUGGUUAUCGACAUGAGGUUUGUGUUUUAUAUUCUGUCUAA